AUGUCCGACGGCGACUCCGAUUUCCUGCUCAAGCUCUUGGCCCUCGGAGAUUCCGGAGUCGGGAAAACCACGUUCCUGUUCCGUUACACGGAGAAUUCCUUCAAUCCCAAAUUUAUCGCCACCGUCGGCAUCGACUUCCGGGAAAAACGAGUGGUUUAUCCCAGGCCCGGAUCCGACGGAUCUCCGGGAAAAACCUUCAAGGUCCAUCUGCAGCUCUGGGACACGGCCGGGCAGGAGAGAUUCCGGAGCCUGACGAGGGCGUUUUUCCGGGAUGCGAUGGGAUUCCUGCUCAUCUUCGACCUCACCAACUUCCAGAGUUUCCUCAACGUCCGGGAUUGGAUGA